AUGCGAGGGAAAGAGGGAGGCCGGGCGAGUGUGUGUACGUUCGGCCGAAGCCGAAAACAGAUUUUCUGUACAAGCAAAGAAGCAGCAGCAGCAGCAGCAGCAGCAACAACAACAUUCAAUCAAUACGUAAUCGCAAUUAAUUUGAUCCAAAGUGCUUUGGCUUGGGAUUUUUCACCCAUGUAUCCAAUGGACGUGUCUAUGUGUUUGGUGCUGUGUACAUCAUUUUCGCUGUUUUGCCGUUCGAUGCGCCUCGAUUCCGAAUGAGCUAUGCUUUGCAGCCGCUCGACACGAACAUUUGCAUCUUUAACCCAAACCAAUACACGGUCAGAUAUAGUUGCGCGGCGUAGUUGCUGUGUACAGGUAUGCAUAAUAAAUAGACUCAAUCGUUGGAACGAAGAAAACUAUAGCGAUUCUGAGGUAGCACGAUGUGAUGUUCAUCGAAACGCAGAGAGAAAAGAGAGACGUCGCUGUCGUUGUCGUUGUCGUUGAUCUGUGCAAGUGUAUGAUUGGUGUUCGGGUCUCGGGUACGUGCGUGUUGGUGUCGGUGUAUGUGUGUAAAACACACCAAAUCCGGAACGAACAAACAGCAAAUCGUCCAACAAAACAGUUGCGAGCGCAAACACACCGACGAACGAUGAGAAUUGCUGUGUGUUUCGGGUGCUAUUGAGAAAAGGGUCCGAACGAGCGACAGAGAGAGAGAGAGAGAGAGAGAGAGAGAGAGAGAGAGAGAGAGAGAGCGUGCGCACGUUUUCAAUUUACACUACUACGAACGACGACACAACAGCACACACCGAGCUAACGAUUCUGAUCGUAAAAGAGGAUAUGCUCGCACAUUCGAAGCGCAUGUACAAACGAAUCAUUGGAACUGAGCGACGAACGUGUAUUGGUGCGUACACAUACAAGUCAACACAAACGGUGUGAGAGAAGAAACGAAUGAGCGAACGAAAAAAAAGCAACAAAAACUAAGCAAUCACAAUUCUUCGGUUUGGAAAAGAUUCUUCACUCAAACCGACAUCAUUCGCAGUCCAAACGUGCUGUAGUUAUAUCCACCCGAUGUUUUAGUGUUGUUUCAAUUUUUUUUGCGGCAAAUUUCUUUUCCGUUCACGAGCUCAUCUGUCGCCUGAAGUGGUAAAAGUGAUCAACAGAGAAAUAAAUUAAAUCAAAUUUUUAAGUAAAAAAAAAGCGAGCAAAUGAAAAAUCAUCAUCGACGAGAGUGAAAAAAAAAAACAAAUUUGCAGUGAAAAUUGAUUAGUUCCAAUCGACAAAAACGAAAUUGUUCCAAUCGUGUUUGAGAGAAGGAAAAAAAAACAGAACAGUGCAAAAGACUCAAAACUGCGACACGAUAAUUCAUUUGAUAAAUCAUAAUCGACUUUUAUCGACAGAAGAAAAAACAACCGAAUAACGGCAGAAAAAAAAACUCAACACGAAUAGUUCAUAGAUGACAUGACGAAUCGCAUCGCAGCAAUUAAAUCCGAGUUAUUACGGUGAUUUUGAAAACGAUUUUUACAUUGCCGCGACCGAAACACAUGCGAAUGGAUAAUUUCUCAAGAGAUCCAAUUAUACAAACGCAAGCAAAUGACAUAAAAUUCCAGCUCUAAGAUUUAUCAGUAUUUAACCAAAUGACUAAACAAAUUUGAUGUGAACAUUUUAAGUGUGCAAAAAGAGAAAGAAAUAAUAAUCGAGCGAGAAUAAACGAGUGUCUAGAGACGGUUUAUUGCCAUUGUUAUAAAGUUUUUGAAUCGAAAUCAGCGAGCGCAAAGAACAAAAAUCACUUCUUGUCAAAACAUUUAAGUGAAGGGAAAAAAACCGAAAUCAAAAAGGCGGAACUAACUGGAAUGCGCAAAAAGAACACAAUUUAAGCAAAAAAGUGCGGAAGAGACAUUGUUGUAGUGAUGAAAAGUGUCCGAAAUUCGAGUGGCAUCGACAAACGCUAAGCAUUCGCAAGAUACGUUUUGAAUAGUUGCAAAAAAAAAAGAAAAUCAAAAUUUCACAAGUGCAAAAAGAAACAACAACAAUAAAACAAACAGUAAAAGCAAUCGCAUAAUCGAACAGUGUAAUUGCAUCGCGAGAAAUCACAAAUAAGUCAAAAUCGAAUAGGUGUAAUCGAAACAGAAUCAGAAGCACAUUAUUUUUGAUUGCUCUGUGGUGUUUUUGUCAUUGUUUGUAAUUAUUUUUUAUUGCGUUCUAUUUCUAUCGAAAAUAUUCAUUGCACCCCACAUCGCACCAUACGCACACAUACAUUACAAACGCGCGCGCAAUCUUUUCUAACGGGAAGCAAUAAAUAGUCGCCAAAAUUCGCGUAAAAAAUCGUGAACCAAUUCCGAUCUUCAGUGAAAUGGACGAAAGGCGAAUCGACAGAGAUUCCGAUUUAGGCGACGAUUCACCAAUGAGUAAUUCACAUGCAGAUGAGCAUUCAGAUAGAGAAGAAGACGACAUGAUGCGCGAAGAAUGUGAAUCAAGUGACGAAGGUGUUAAUUUGAAUGCACAUACAAAUGAAACCGAAACAGCGCUAGACUUUGCUAGCAGCCCAAAACGUUCUCCCUCAAACAAUACCAAUAUUAGCAGUCAUCAUUCGACAUUUGGCCCAAGUCACGCAUUAAGUAUGCUGAGCAAUUUCAUGGGCGUACCAAACAUACAGAAUCUAUCAAAUUUGCCACACAAUGAUGUAUUGGAAAAAUUGAAAAUGCAAGUUGGCCUAAUGGAUCCGGAUUUUGCCAUUCUGCGUAAUUUAAAUACACCGCCCAAUUCAUCAUUCAACAUGCCUCCCGGCAAUGAUGCCACAUCCACCACAUUAGCCAGCCAGCCACACAAUUUGUCCACGUUGCAAUCAUCACAGCAGAAAAAUUUCUCAUUCACCACACCAAAUGCACCAAAUACUAAAGAUGGCAAUCUAGAAUCAAAUUCAUCCACCUCAAGCGAUGCAUCGAAUUCAUCUCAGCAAAAUAACGGUUGGAGUUUCGAAGAGCAGUUCAAACAAGUUCGACAGUUAUACGAAAUCAGCGAUGAACCAAAGCGCAAAGAAUUUUUAGAUGAUCUUUUCCAUUUCAUGCAGAGACGAGGUACUCCCAUCAAUCGGUUGCCAAUCAUGGCCAAAUCUGUGCUGGAUUUAUACGAACUGUACAACUUGGUGAUAGCCCGUGGCGGUCUCGUUGAUGUUAUCAACAAGAAAUUGUGGCAAGAAAUUAUCAAGGGCUUGCACUUACCAUCAAGCAUUACUAGUGCUGCCUUCACACUCCGAACACAGUACAUGAAAUACUUGUAUCCAUAUGAGUGUGAAAAGAAGAAUUUAAGCACUCCGGCUGAACUACAAGCAGCCAUUGAUGGAAACCGCCGUGAGGGAAGACGUUCCAGCUACGGUCAAUUUGAUACACAAAUGCAAGGGCAACUCCAACAAUUGCAACAGGUACAACGGUCACCAUUACCAGGCGGUCUACAACAAAUGUCUCCAUUGUCAUUGGUAUCGCAUGGUGCCACACAAAAUUCACAUCACCGCUUGCUCGGCAAUCAACAAAUGGGCUUGCUGCCAAACCAAAUGUCGGAUCUUUAUGAGUAUUUCAAACUUUUGCAACAACCAAAAGAGGCUGCACGUCCACAAAGUCCAGAUUGCAUUCGAGCUGAUACAUUAAACGCAUUGGAAAUGUCACGCGUUGCACUUUGGUCAAUGUACAAUAAUAAUACCAGCCCACCAACGUCCAAUAACACAACUAGUCCACCCAACAAUGAACCACAAAGAGAGGCAUUGAACCUAACCGAAUCACCAACACAUGGAAUUAAACGUGAACGAGACACCGGCAAUGAUUUUGAUCGUGAGGAACGUGACUAUGUGCUGCCAUCAAAGAAAGUCGCUCUACAACAAUUACACUCACAGUUGCAACAGUCCCAACGCGUUUCACCGCACAACCAUUACAAUCAUGAGCAUCGUCGCCGUUCUGAAACACCUCCGUCGCCAAAUCAUCGUAAUCGGUCAAUUGAACGUGAUGAACAUCGAAAUGGCCUAUUGAGUUUUCAUAAUAGCCAAAAUCAUUCAUCAUCACGCCGGCACAUGUCCGCCUCACCGCCAUCGUCAAAUCAUCGAAAUGGUACAAAUAAUACAAGUCAUAAUGGCAGCAAUGAUCUCCUCAAUGCCUGCAGUCCACUCGCACUUCUGUCUGGCAUGCAAUUCAAAUUGUUUAGCCGAGGUUCCGAAUCGGGUGAACAACAAUUGGUUGUUUCAAUGGAACUGAAUGGUGUACAAUAUGAGGGUGUUCUAUUUGCGAAUCGUGUAAAUGCAGCCCAAUCAACGAGCCCAACAUCAUCACCACCGUGUACACCAAGCAAAAUCACACCGACCACCACAUCGAGUGGUGCGAGUGCCAGCAGUCCGAUGGUUGAAGACAGGCCGAAUCGUGGUGUUCCAACGGUUACGCGUCCAUUAGUUUCAUCUUAAAUUCGAAUCGUUCGAAUGAAUUUCAUAAUUUUCGUAUGCGAUAGCUCCAAUUCGCUGAGAGAGGGAGAGAGAGAAAAAAUCAACAAUUAAUUAGUUAUUAACUUUGACAAGUUUUCAAACUUAACGUAGUAAUUUAGGGAUGAACAACAACAACAACAACAAACAAAAAAAAACAAGAAUUACAUUUAAAUAAAAAAGCAUGCAAUUAAAUCAUGAUGAUAGGUCUAUAAGGUUGGAUAAAGAAACCAUUCGAACAAAUAUAUGUUUCGAAGUGCAUACACAAGCUCGAUAAGCAGAAAACCGUAGUACUAGCAACAUCAGCAGAAGCAGAUGCAGCAGCAGCAUCGAAAGAAGUUAUGACAUUUUUGAUCUUGCUUUGCGUCAUGUGUUUAUUUUUCAAGCAAUUCAAGUAGCGUUUCAGUAGUUUAAAAUAGGUUUGUUUAAAUGUUUGUACCGCAUUAAUGUUCUUACAAAUUUUCUUUUUCUCCAUUCUGCUUUGAUCUCGCGAGAAAAGAAUUUACAAAACAAUUGAAAACAAGACACAUUUAUCUUUAUCAUCGCCGCAAGAAAUAAAAAAAAAUCAUUGUGUGAACUAUUUUCCGUUCACAUUGCUACACCACAAACGCCGAAUCACAAGAACUAUUAGUCAGGAAAAUUAGAGAUGAGUUUUUUUUUAAUUUUUUUUUUAUUCAGAUGCAGAGAGAAAGAAAGAAUUUACCGUGUAGUUAGUUUUGCUUUUCUAUCAGGGAAGUUCAAAGAAGAUUCGCAUUCGGGUGUUUUUUUUAGUGUAAUUUUUUUUUCUUUUCUUAUGGUUUUAUUUAAACAUAAUUGUUUUAAUAUGAGAUACACAUUUUCUUUUCACUGUUUGAAUUCAUUCAAAUUCAAUAUUAUUCAUUAUUAUACUACACUGGACAUUUACAAAAAAAAAAUAUAAUGCUUUUGUCUCUAUAUUUCCUUUUUCCUUCUGUUUUUCUUCAUAAUUUUUUUUUCUUUUUUUGAAAAAAACCCAAAUAAAACAGUAGUAAAUGAAAAAAAA